UAGGCAAACCUAACCUCAAAAAAACACAUGUGUUUGAUCUUGUAAGUUGCUGCAGAUUUUUGUAAUUUGAAUACUUAAUAAAAUGGGUAAGCGACAAAAUAACGUUGAAAGUGAUACCACCGCAAACAAGAAAAAUAAAAAAUCCAAUUCGGAAGUCGAGGUCAAAACCGAGAAACAAAAUUUUGAGAAAAAAUCCACAUUCCCAAAGAAAAUCGAAGGAGAGCAAAAGAAGCCCCACAAACACCUAAAUGGCAAGGGUAAAACAACAGAACAAACUCAAAAACCGGAGGACUGGAACGAAUUCAAAAAGAAAAAAAAGGAGUUGAGGUUGAAACGAAGGCAAGGUAGAAGCGGAUUCGAUAUUGUUGUUAAAGCGAAGAAAAUGGGUGAAAAGUUGCGUUGCAAGACCUUGAAAGGGGGCGAAGAGGAACGAAACAAGCUGAUAGACGAGCUACAUUUAUUGCUCAAAGGGCAGGGUCACUAUGCUAAGUUUGUUUUGGCGCAUGAUACAUCAAGAAUAGUGCAGUGGUUAUUGAAAUACAGCUCGGAAAUAGUGAAGAAUCAAAUUUCAGAGGAACUUAUUCCGGUCACUGUGGACAUGCUCCAAUCAAAGUAUGGAAUCUUCUGUACAAAAAGACUCCUCAAGUAUGGAAACAGCAAAACCAGAAGUGCUAUUAUUGAUAAAAUGUAUGGACAUGCUGUGAAGUUCGCCAGUCAUGCCAUUAGUGCUUCUGUUUUUGAGUAUGCGUACAGUACCUGGGCCACUCCACAACAGAAACAACACUUAGUACAAGAAUUCUUUGGAGAAAUCUACCGAACUAGCAAAGACAAUGAAAUUAGACACUUGAGGGACGUAUUUAAACAAAGUCCUGAUUUAAAAGCGGCAAUUUUAGCUACCACAAAAGCUAAUCUGUCGAGAAUCAUAGAUAAAAGUCUGCUGGAUUCAGGUUUAGUUCAGACUGUUCUUCACCAGUAUCUCACUGAGUGCUCUGCUGAAGAUAGAGCCGAUUUAAUCUCACUGUUAAUUCCGCAUAUUGUGGUCAUAAGCAACAGUAAAGAUGGAGUGAGAGCUGCCAUGCAGUGCAUUUGGCAUGGUACAAACAAAGACAGAAAACAUGCCAUGAAAACAAUAAAAGAACACACAAUUGAAUUAUCGAAACAUGAACAUGGUCACUGCACUAUUAUCACGUUGUUAGACACAGCAGAUGACACAGUUCUGCUCCACAAAAUUAUUUUAAGCGAAAUUUUAAACGCCGCGAGAGAUCUGGCUGAAAAUGAAUGGGGGCGCAAGGUUUUGCUAUGGUUGGUGGCACCAGCAGACUCCACUUGUUUUCACCCUGUCUUUGUUAAAGAGUUUGAAGAAGGAAGGAAAAAUUCAAACUCUAAGAAAGACUGUGCAAUCAGGAGGAAAGAAAUACUGGACUAUUCGAUAGAUACUUUACUAAAAUUGAUAGCUGAGGAACCAGAGUUCUGGCUUAAAAACUCGUCUCUAGCCUAUGAAAUGCUUGCAAUAUUGAAAGCGGGUACUGGCGAUGCUCUACGCAACGCCAUUGAAAGCAUAGUCAAAGUGAUAGUUAAUCCAGAGUGGAAAGUUAAAGCUAAAGAAGAAGAGAUUUUAGGUGUUGAAGAUGCAGGACUUCACAUGCUUUUAAAAAAAUUAGCCAAACAUGACCAAAACGUUGAAGAUCAAAAUUCGUGUUUUGGGGCUUGUGUUAUUGAGUCAUUGCCAAAAGAAACGUUGAAGACGUGGUUAAGUUUAAACCGGGGGUGCUUUUUGUUGGUGGCGAUUUAUGAAAAUUGUACAAAAGAGGUACAGGAGAAACUUAAGCUGAAGUUACAGGAGCGCCAGAAGGUGUUGAUGAAGCAGACUUCAGCUGGUAGUAAGAUUUUAAUUAAGAAAAUGAAUCAAUAAAUUUUUAUUAAUUUUU